UGAAGUGCAGCAUUUUUUUUUUUUUCUGACUGCAAAAUUCAAAAUGGGGCUCAAGGUAUUCGUUUCAUCUACACCAGAGAAGGCAGACCGAGUGGCGAGGCUUUUGUUGAACUUGAAUCAGAAGAUGAAGUCAAAUUGGCCCUGAAAAAAGACAGAGGAACUAUGGGACACAGAUAUGUUGAAGUAUUCAAGUCAAACAACGUUGAAAUGGAUUGGGUGUUGAAGCAUACUGGUCCAAAUGGUCCUGACAAGGCCAAUGAUGGCUUUGUACGGCUUAGAGGACUCCCCUUUGGACGUAGCAAGGAAGAAAUUGUUCAGCUCUUCUCAGGGUUGGAAAUCGUGCCAAAUGGGAUAACAUUGAGGGUGGACUUCCAGGGGAGGAGUACGGGGGAGGCCUUUGUGCAGUUUGCUUCACAGGAAAUAGCUGAAAAGGCUCUAAAGAAACACAAGGAAAGAAUAGGGCACAGGUAUAUGGAAAUCUUUAAGAGCAGUCGAGCUGAAGUUAGAACUCACUAUGAUCCACCACGAAAGCUUAUGGCCAUGCAGCGGCCAGGUCCCUAUGACCGACCUGGAGCUGGCAGAGAGUAUAACAGCAUUGGCAGGGGAGCUGGCUUUGAACGGAUGAGGCGUGGUGCUUAUGGUGGAGGUUAUGGAGGCUAUGAUGAUUAUAAUGGCUAUAAUGAUGGCUAUGGAUUUGGGUCCAAUAGAUUUGGAAGAGACCUCAAUUACUGUUGUUCAGGAAUGUCUGAUCACAGAUAUGGGGAUGCUGGCUCUACUUUCCAGAGCACGACAGGACAUUGUGUACACAUGCGGGGAUUACCUUACAGAGCUACUGAGAAUGACAUUUAUAUUUUUUUUUCACCGCUUAACCCUGUGAGAGUACAUAUUGAAAUUGGUCCCGGGGGCAGAGUAGCUGGUGAAGCAGAUGUCGAGUUUGCAACUCAUGAAGAUGCUGGGGCAGCUAUGUCAAAAGACAAAGCAAAUAUGCAACACAGAUAUGUAGAACUCUUUUUGAAUUCUACAGCAGGAGCAAGCAGUGGUGCUUAUGGUAGCCAAAUGAUGGGAGGCAUGGGCUUGUCAAACCAGUCCAGUUAUGGUGGCCCAGCCAGUCAGUAGCUGAGUGGUGGUUAUGGAGGCGGCUAUGGUGGCCAGAGCAGCAUGAGUGGAUAUGGCAGCCAAGGAGCAGUGAGCAGCAGCUACUACAGUAGUGGAAGCCGUGCAUCUAUGGGAGUGAACGGAAUGGGAGGGAUGUCUAGCAUGUCCACUGUGAGUGGUGGAUGGGGAAAGUAACUGAUCCUGAUCACUGACUCUUGGUCAAUGUUUUUUAAAGAAAAAAA